UUAUUUCCCACUAUACUUUGCCAAUUAAAGAUGGUGGCUUGCAUAACAAUCGCACAAAUUCUGAAUCAAAUCAAGUAGAUUAUUUGUCCUCUUAUUCACUUAAACCAAAUCGAUCCGGCAGCUAAAUGUAAAAACCGCACAAUGCCUAAAUAUUACGAGGAAAAAGAGGAAGAUGGCAGGGCCUGCUCCGGUAUCAGAGAAGACUUCAAGGCAUGUCUCCUUCAACACGACUGCGUUAUAAAGGAGGGGAAGAUGCCCAGUCAGUGUUUAAAGGAGGGCCACUGUAGGGCGCUGCAGACUUCUUUCUUCGAGUGCAAAAGAUCCAUGCUGGAUACAAGAUCCAGGUUCCGGGGAAGGAAAGGCUACUGAUGGACCAAUGUGGAAAAAUCUCCAACUGUGACAGUGCUGAAAUUAUGUAUUGUAAAUAGUGACUGUUUAAUUUAGGUGGUUUGGUACUGAAAAUGCAGUACGGUCAUGAAAUAACUGUCCUUAUGAUCGAUGUGAUGUUCUGUUAUGAAUUGUAGGCCCAUCCCAAUUCCAACAAAAGACAAUUUCAUCCCUAAACAUCUGUGUGAACAGUAUUAUUAAUAGAAAUGGUGAAAUGUAUUGAAAAUAGUGACAGAAACACAAGUUCUAAAAUGUAUAAAAUGUUUCAGACUGCCAUAACACUCUUUUUUUUAAACCACUAACCAUUGAGAGGUACAACUUUGGCGUGUGUGUUUUAGGUCUAACUCUACUCAUGGGGACCACAGGUCCGGUCAAGGGUUUACAUUUAGGGUCAAAUGUAGAAUUCAUUUUAGAGUUAGAAUUGGGGUUUCUUUAAGGGUUAGGCGUUGUUGGUUAAGUUUAGGGUUAAGGUUAGGCAUUACAUCUAGGUAAAG